GCCGCGCACCGGUCUCCCCGGUCGGGUCUACUAACCUAACCCGGUGGCCCGCGGGUCAGUUCACUCCGAUCUGGGAUCGCGGCCGCCAGGUCUCCGAAAGGUCAAAAAUCCGAAACGAUCGUCGUCCGUGCCCGCCACGUUUCGCGCGUGUAAAUUUUAUUCGUCAUUCGAAAUCUGUUUUUUUGUUUUUAUUUAAUUUUUUUUCGCUUGCCACUACAAAUCGAUACGAGACGAGACAAAAAUUAUCACUAACAAUAUCGGCGAAAAAAAAAAAAGUGUUUCAUACCGUGUGUUAGCUAUCGGGAAAUAAAUAUAGUUUGUUAACUCAUCUUGCGUGUCUAUCGGUAAAAUACCAAAAGUCGUUUGUUCAGUGUUUUUUUUUCGCCGACCACUACGGUCGAUUACAGCGGGCACAGCAUCGCGUGCUGAGGCGCCCGGCGGUUUUCCGCGGUGAGCGACCGGCACCACCUGCACUGCCGCCAAGUCGGGGCACUAGCCCGACAGUCUCAGCAGAAGCUCAGGUGCACACCGGCAAGCACCAUUAUUAUUCCGCAUAACGGCCUCGCGGUGUGUCGCGCGGCGGUAGGCGGACUAUGCACAGUGUCCGGUGGCGGCGGUCCCGGCAUGACGGGCGUCGGAUCGGCCGCGCCGCCGUCGCACCAGGGCCCGCCGCACGGCGGGCCGCCGGACCUGCUGACCAGUGGACACCACCACGAUCUCGGUGGGUUCACCCGGAGCAUGUCGCUGGUGACGCCGGCGUGGCGCGACCCACCCGGCGGCGGUGGCGGCGGCGGCCACCAUCUGGACGAGCCGCAGCAGAGCACCACGCCGGGAACGGCCAGCUCGCAGUCCGGCGGUUCGCUGGUCACGCUCGGCGGACAGUGCGAUAAGAACGGACAGAACAUCGAGUGCGUCGUGUGCGGUGACAAGAGCAGCGGCAAACACUACGGACAGUUCACUUGCGAAGGCUGUAAAAGUUUUUUCAAGAGGAGCGUCCGCCGGAAUCUCACGUACUCGUGCAGGGGCAGCCGGAACUGUCCCAUCGACCAACACCACCGGAACCAAUGCCAGUACUGUCGGCUGAAAAAGUGCCUGAAAAUGGGCAUGCGCAGAGAAGCCGUGCAGAGAGGUCGAGUUCCGGCCAGUCAGCCACCCGGGCUCACCGGACUUCCCGGUCAGUUGUGCCUGGCCAACGGCGAGGCAGCAGCGGCCGCGGCCGCGGCCGCCGGAGCCGUCGGACUCAACGGCCACUCGUACCUGUCCUCCUAUAUAUCGCUGCUGUUGCGCGCCGAACCGUACCCGACGUCUAGGUACGGCCAGUGUAUGCAACCCAACAACAUCAUGGGCAUAGACAACAUAUGCGAGCUGGCCGCCAGGCUGCUGUUUAGUGCUGUUGAGUGGGCUCGGAACAUACCCUUUUUCCCAGAACUGCAGGUGACUGACCAAGUGGCCUUGCUGAGGCUCGUUUGGAGCGAACUGUUUGUACUGAACGCGUCACAGUGUUCGAUGCCACUGCACGUUGCCCCACUGUUGGCCGCAGCUGGGCUGCAUGCGUCUCCGAUGGCCGCGGAUCGCGUGGUCGCUUUCAUGGACCACAUACGCAUAUUCCAGGAGCAGGUGGAGAAACUCAAAGCCCUCCACGUAGACGCCGCCGAGUACAGUUGUCUGAAAGCCAUCGUCCUGUUCACCACCGACGCUUGCGGGUUAUCCGACGUGGCGCACAUCGAGUCGCUGCAGGAAAAGUCUCAGUGCGCCCUGGAGGAAUACUGUCGGACGCAGUACCCGAACCAGCCGAUCCGGUUCGGCAAGCUGCUGCUCAGGCUGCCGUCACUGCGCACGGUCAGCUCGCAGGUCAUCGAGCAGCUCUUCUUCGUCCGGCUAGUGGGCAAGACGCCCAUCGAGACGCUCAUCCGGGACAUGCUGCUCAGCGGCAGCAGCUUCAGCUGGCCGUACAUAAACUCCAUGUGACACUCCGUCUGGAGGCAGAUGACGGGCACGCCCGCCCCGUUGUGAUGCCGCGCCGCCGCUUAGUCUAUACACACUCAGCCGAUCGUUGUCGCGUCGCGUGGUAAAAAAUAUACAACGGGUGCGAUGCGAUAUCCACCCACAUAAUAAUAUUUUAACGUGGCCGCGACAAGCGGACGCCGUGCCAUCACCGCCGGGUACCGGACGUACCGUCACCUUUUACGCGCGCCGAGAGCAAACCACCGCAUCACCAUCGCCGCCGUAUCACCUGCACCGAUCAUAUUAUAUUAUAUUAUUAUAAUAAUGCAAGAAACGUGUUCGACGCACGAUGACCUACACUAUAUACGGCAUCACGCGAUUAUUAUAAUAUAUUUUAUUAUUAUUAUUAUUAUUUAUAUAUUAUACUACCUAAAUGCGUUUUAUUAUUAUUUUAUCUUCUUUUUGUUUGUUUUUAUUGUUUAUUAUUAUUAUUAUUAUUAUAUUUUUUUAAUGUCCCAAAAAUUAGGCCCUAAGCGCGUUUUAGUCUACACGCCACUUAGACGACUGGGAGAGUUGCAAUAUAUAUUACGAUUUUAUACCGUAUAAAACAUUUUAUUUUAUCGUGUCAAGCAUGAUGAAAAAUUCCAUCGAUGUACAUUAAACAGCUUUAAUUUUAUUAUUAGGUACUGACUAUUAUUUUUACUAUAGUCGAACUUGUGACUGUAAAUACUUAUAUAUAUAUAUAAUAUAUAUAUGGGCUAUAUUAUAUACAUAUCGAGCCAAAAAAAUAAAAUAUAUUCAUAUAAAUAACGAAUAAAUACAUCGCCCAAAAAGAACUAUGAUAAUAAUAAUUAAUAAUAAUAAUAAUAACAAUAAACGUUUUUUAGUCAUAUUAUGAUAUUAUUAUUUAGGUUAUUGUUUUGUUUUCCCUUGCAGACUUUUUUCUUUUUUUUCUAAUGUAUAUUAUUAUGAUAUUAUUACGCAUUUAUGUAUGAUAUUUAUUAUUAUACUAUAAUAACACGUUUGAAACCAUACCUUAUUACAAUAUUACCUUAACUAAACACGCCGUUUCUCUUUUACUUUGUCUAUAUAUAAUAUUAUAACACGUAUACCUAUGUACGCAUAAAAUAUUAAUUUGCAGACGCACGCCGUAAAAUCCUAAUAAUAAUGUGUACGUUAUUUCUUCGCUGCACACGACUUGCAGUGCUCUGCCGUUUCUAUAAGAUACAAUAAUAUAUAAUAAUAUUAUAGAUACACGCUUUUAUUUAUUUUCAAGAUAGGUAUUCGAAUAUGUUUAGUCGUUUAAGUGGCAUGUCUAGUUAAAUUGAUCAAGGUGAUGGUUAUGUAGCCACGCCUCGUCAAGAGCUCAUAUUAUUAUAAUCAUUUUAAAGUUUGUUUUAUUUAUAUUGCCAUACAGGUUUAUAUAUUAUGGCUUAUUAAUGAUUGGUUUUAUUUUUGUUUUUAUGUUACCGUUAAACACAUAGGGUAUAGAAUUUUUUAUUUAUAUUCGAUUCGGUAAUCGAAAAAUAACUUUUUAUUAUAAUAAUUGUUUUGUUUUCCUGUAACCGCUAUCGCAUAACACUUCAUAUUUAAUAUAUUAUUAUACCAGCUACUAUACGUAGGUACCUAUAAUUUAUAAAUAAUAUGCAAUAAUAUACCUGCACCCAUACCCAUUUAAUUGUUUAAUUGUUAUUAUAAAAUGCCGGGAAAUGCGUGAAAUGAAAAAAAAUGAUAUCACUCGAUCACAUCGUUAUUAUAUAAUAUGAUGGCUUCAGAUAACAUCAAUGGCGCUACAGCAAGGGAUGAUGACUAUAUAUUAUAAUACGACGGCCGUAACCCCCCCAUCGCACCUGUCGACUAAAUAUGAUUAUCGCGCCAAUUCAUUAUGUACCUACAGGUGCUGUAUAUUACAUCGACACAAUAAAAUAAGCGUUACAACGAUGGUCGCAUAUAUAGGACAUCUAGUCGUCGCUAUCGUCAUGCACAAUCACGUACAAAUCGAAUUCGUUUUUUUUUUUUAAAUCAAUUAACAGAAAGCCUAUAGUAUAUAAAUCGUUUUGAUUUGUGCAGUCGUUCGUAAUAUACCCGUUUUAUAGACAUAGCCUAACCUUACAUAGCAUACACGUCAUAACCAAUAUUAUAUUCAAUCAUCUUGUAAUAGACUAAUAAACGAUUCUACUUCAAAUCAAUAGCGAAUAGAUUAAAAUAUGAAUUAAAUAUAGGUAUAAAGAGCUAUUAUUUUAUAUAAGUGUUAUUUCUUUCUGUAUUAAUUAUAAUAGAUAAAUAAUAAUAUUCCGGUUUUAUUCGAAUCACUAGAUUAGUCUAGAUUAGAUACACGAGGUGGCACAGUACUGUCCACGUAAAAUAAAACUGUCUGUAUAAAACUAUUAUAAUAUUUAUAAUAUAGGUACCGACUAUAUAAUUUUUAGAAGAAUAAUAUUCCUAAUGAUUACUGUAUAUUAAAAAUACCCGAGUAUGGACGAUGCGGACCAAACGGCAUCUCUGUCGUAACGCAUAUUCUAUAAUAUAAUUAAUAAUAUUAUGUAGGUAAAAUAGAAAUAUUAAAAAGUGUGUAUAAUAUUGUGUACAUAAUAUCUAGUUAUGAAUUUUUAUUAUUAUUAUUAUUCUUUAUAUAAUAUAUAAAAUGUUAAAUUUCGCAUACAAUUUCGUAGUCUGCACGUGUUUUACAACAUGGCCGAUACCUAGUUAUUUUGCGUCAAACGUAAAUCCCAUAAUAGAUGGUAUAUUAUAAUAAUCUGGUCGUAUGUAAUAAUGAUAUAUUGUAAUAUUAUAAAUAAUAUGUUUAUGUACAAUUAAUAUAAAUAAUUGAUUUGCAAAAUGUUAUGAUUUAUUAUAUAUAAUGAUAAUAUGAUGAUGAUGAUGAUAAUAAUAAUAAUAUAAUAUAUACUUGUAAGUGUUUUCACGCGGAUUUGUUGUAAAUAUUUUACUAUUUUAUGUGUAUAGUAAAGAAUGCCAUAUUAAAAAAAGGUUUUUUGUUUCAA